AUGGGGAAAGACAAAAAGAAGAGUAAAAGUAGAAGCAAAUCUAAUAAGAAGAAGGAGAAGAAAGAGAAGAAGGAAAAAAAGUCAAAGGCUAAGAAAGACUCAAUAAAGAAGGAGUCCAUAAAAAAGAAAGAAUCUGUUAAAAAGGAAUCUUAAAAGAAAAAUAAAAAGUAAAAAGAAUCAAAAAAAAAAGAAAAGAAGAGCAGAAAGAAAAGCCAUAGUACUUCCCCCAUAAAUGCUCAGAAAAAGUAGGCCUAAGAUGAAUAGAAGUUGAAAGACGACGAAUAGAAGCGAUUAUCCAGAUUAAUGAAGGCUAAAUUGAUUAAAUUUUAAAAUUCAGAUGAUGAUGAUGAUGACGAUAAAAAAGAAUUUGUUUACAAAGAUCCUGAAGUAAUUGAGCCAAUUCUACCCCCAGAUGAAUAACUCUAUGAUUGGUCACAAAAAAAUUAAGAAAAAUAAAUAUAAGAUGCAUUAAAAAAGUGUAGAUUGGUGGGAGAGAAGCUAUUCUAUGAUUCUGAUGGAAUUGAAGAAGAUGAUAAUGCUGAGGAAUAAUAUUAAGAAGAAAAUGGGAAUGAUAAUAGAUAGGAUGCGAAAAUGUAAGAAGAGGAGGAUCAAGAAGCUCAGAAACAAGUUGAAAAAGUAGAAAAACAGUAACAGGAAAGAUUCUUGAUAGGCAAAAAGACAUUAAAUAAUGAUAGUGAUAGUGAUAGCGAAGAUGAAAAUGCAUCCAAAGUUAAGUACUUUACAAAAAAUCUUUAAUCUAUUUCUAAAUUAAAAGAAUUGCAAUAACAACCUCAAUAAUAAUUCUCAAGACCACAAAUAAAACGAAGGUGGAGAGAAGAAUAGUAUGAUGAUCAAGAGGAGGAUCCACUUGAAGCAUUUAUGAGAUAAGUUGAAACCGAAGCAACAUAAUAGGCAGAUGAAGAUGAAAGAAGGAGAAAGGAGGAAGAGGAAAAGGAGAAGAAGAGGAAGUAAGCCAUUGAAGAGGAACUAAGGAAGUUGAAUGCUUAAAAAGUUAUUACUUAUGAGGACAUCAUACAAAACAGUGUCAAUUAAACGAAUGAAAAAAAGAAUACUAAUGGGAUGGAAAUUGAACAGGGACAGGAAACAUAAAAUUAGUAAAAGGAGUUAGAAUAAUAAUAAAUUAUUGAGGAAGAUGAGGAGGAUAAUAAGUUUUAUGAAUAAUUUAUGAAAGAAUUAAAGAAAAAGGAACUUGAGGAGAAGAUGAGACAAAGGGAAGAUGAAGAUGAAGCUGAGGAUGUGGAUUUAGAAUAAUAAUAGAUGUUAGCUCUAUUGGAAGAGGAACCUGAUAUCUUUGACAAACAGAAGAAGUUGGAGAAGAAGGAAUUAAAACCGGUUGAUCAUUCCACUAUUGACUAUUAACCUUUUAGAAAAGAUUUCUAUAGAGAGGUAAGUGAAUUAGUAUAAAUGACACCGGAAGAAGCCAAAAAAUUAAGGUAGUAAUUAGGAGAUAUCAAAGUGAGAGGGAAGGAUGUGCCUAAACCAAUUUAGAAUUGGUAUUAAUGUGGAUUGAAUGACAGGGUUUUGAAUGUGUUGAUUGAGAAGAAGAAAUUCAUAAAUCCGUUUCCGAUAUAGGCUCAAGCUGUUCCUUGCAUUAUGUCUGGGAGAGAUUUCAUAGGCAUUGCUGAGACGGGGAGUGGAAAAACAUUAGCCUACUUAUUACCUCUUUUGAGGCAUGUUCUAGAUCAACCGGCUUUGAAGGAUGGGGAUGGUCCCAUAGCCAUAAUCAUGGCUCCAACAAGAGAAUUGGCACAUUAAAUUUAUGUUAAUUGUAGAUGGUUCACUUCUAUUUUGAAUUUGAAUGUUGUUUGUUGUGUCGGAGGUGCUGGGAUAGCUGGUUAGUUGAGUGAUUUAAAAAGAGGAACUGAAAUAGUUGUGUGUACUCCAGGACGAAUGAUUGAUGUUUUAACAACAAGCAACGGGAAAAUAACAAAUCUAAGAAGGGUAACAUAUGUAGUAAUAGAUGAAGCUGAUAGAAUGUUCGAUUUAGGUUUUGAACCAUAAAUAUGUAAAAUAAUACAAAACAUCAGACCAGACAGACAAUUAGUCAUGUUUUCAGCUACAUUCCCAAAGAACGUGGAGCAACUGGCCAAAAGGGUCUUACGUAAACCAAUAGAAUGCAUAGUAGGAGGGAGAGGAUAAGCAGGUGGAAAUAUUGAAUAAAUAAUAGAGUUCAUGGAUGAAUCGGACAAACUGUAUAAGUUGUUGCUUCUGUUCCAGGAAUGGUACACAAAGGGGAGCAUCCUAAUAUUUGUGGAGAAGCAGACGGAAGCAGACGAUCUGUUCAAGGAGUUGUUGAAAUAUGGAUAUAAGUCAUUUGUGUUGCAUGGAGGAAUGGACCCCUAGGAUAGAGAAUUCACAAUCCAUGAUUUUAAGAAGGGGAUUAGAACAAUUAUGGUAGCAACUUCUGUAUUAGCAAGAGGAUUAGACAUCAAGCAUAUUUGUUUAGUCAUCAACUUCAGUUGUCCCAAUCACAUGGAGGACUACAUACAUAGGAUAGGAAGGACUGGGAGGGCUGGUUAAAAGGGCACGGCCAUCACCUUCUUUACUCCUCAAGACGAGCAUCUGGCAAAUGAUUUGGUCUAUCUGCUUGAGAAGAGUGAGCAACAAUUGCCUGAGAAACUCAAGGAAUACCAGAAGUCAUUUAUGGAGAAGGUCAAGGCAGGAGAAGCAAAGAUUUAUAGAAAUAAAAAUAGAGCUGGAGGAGGAUUUACAUUUGGACCUGAGGAGGAAUAGAAGUUCCAGGACUUCAGAGCACAAAUGAGGAAGAAGUUUGGAUUGGAGGGUUUGAUGAUGGAUGAACAGUCUUCGGAUGAUGAAAAAGUAUUGGAGGAAAUUGCAAAAGGCAAAUUAAGUGAAGAAGAAAGAUUGAAAAAGUAGGAGGAAAGAGAUAGAGUUGAAAGAGAGAGGAUUAUGUAGUUGAUUAAAGAUCCUGCCUUGAAAUCUCAAAUCCUAUCCGAAGCCACAAAAGCAGCGAAUUUGUGUAUCAAUUCUGGAGGCUCAAGAGAAUAAGUGGCCAAUGCAGCAAUGGAUGCAAUUAAAAGAGUAUUAAAAUAGCAUAGCUAAGUUAAUAAAUCAAUUGAAGGAGGCAUCGAAGAAGCAAUGCAAAUCAUUAACGAAUUUGAAGAAAGAGAGAGAAACAAUCAUGAUUUUGUAAGUUAUGACUUUGAAAUUAACGAUUAUCCCACUCAAGCAAGAUUGAAGAUCUUAAGCAAAGAAUUUCUAAACAUGAUUCAUGAACUUACUAAUUGUUAAAUUUCACAGAGAGGAAGUCUUGUAGAACCCGGUAAGAAACCAUUGCCUGGAUAGAAGAAGCUGUUCUUGAGAAUCGAAGGGGAAAAUGAAUACUUUGUAAUGAGUGCCUAUAAAGAAAUCAAGCGUAUGGCAUAAGAUUUGACUCUCAACUAAAUCCAAGAUAAUUAUGCUGGUAUUCAAACAAAUUCUAAAUUAAUUUGA